AUGAUGAUGUUUCUAAUAAUGAUAUUGAAGAUAUCAAUAGUUCCAACAACGUUGAUCUUGAUAUUAGUUUUAAUAAUAAUGAUAAUAUUUUCAAUGAAGUUGAUGAACUUGCAGAUAAAGAUUCUACAAUUUUACCUUCAAAAGUAAUAUCAACUUUAGAAACGGAAUCUAAUGCAAUGUUUAAUUUAAGAGAAAAUAGUCCAAUUGAUUAUAACUUAGCAUUAGAUCUGGAAUCAAGAAAAAAAUUUGAUUUCUCAAAUAGAAUCUUAAGAUUGAAGCCAAUAACAGUUCCAGAUUCAAAAGCCAGAGCUUCAAAUUUAGGAUACAUGCCUCUAGG